GUGAUCUGUCUGUCUUAUGUCUGGACCUGUCCUUGGCCUCCCUUGGGUCUCCCUCAUAAUAUUGCUGACCUCAACACGCUUCCAAUCCAACGCUUCCCAUAAAUAAGUACGCUUUAUCUCUCUUCUUCCAACGUACACUUCCUUUUCUCUCUUUCUCAGUCUACUCUAACUGAAGAAGAAGAAGAAGAGGCUAUGGAGGUCAAGCGAAUCUGGACUCUGCUUCUUCUGCUCUUCUUCUUCGCAUUGUGCUCAACCACAUCGUGUCUUGCAAGCAAUGUGACGUACGACCGUCGCUCUCUACUCAUCAAUGGCCAGCGGAAGCUCCUCAUCUCUGCUGCCAUUCACUACCCUCGCAGCGUUCCCGCGAUGUGGCCUGGGCUUGUUCAAACUGCCAAGGAAGGAGGGGUUGAUGUUAUCGAAACUUAUGUGUUUUGGAAUGGUCAUGAACCUUCCCCUGGCAAUUAUUAUUUUGGAGGACGCUAUGAUCUGGUCAAGUUUGUGAAGAUUGUCCAGCAGGCUGGCAUGUAUUUGAUUCUUCGAAUAGGGCCCUUUGUAGCCGCAGAAUGGAACUUUGGAGGGAUUCCUGUUUGGCUGCAUUAUGUGCCUGGUACCAUAUUCCGAACUGACAAUGAACCUUUUAAGGAUCAUAUGAAGAACUUCACAGCAUUGAUUGUGAACCUAAUGAAGCAGGAGAAGCUUUUGGCUCCUCAAGGGGGUCCCAUUAUCUUGGCCCAGAUAGAAAAUGAGUAUGGGUAUUAUGAAGGAGCUUAUGGAGAAGGCGGUAAAAGAUAUGCCAUGUGGGCUGCUAGCAUGGCUGUCUCUCAUAAUAUAGGUGUCCCUUGGAUAAUGUGCCAACAAUUUGAUGCUCCGAAUUCUGUGAUUAAUACAUGCAAUUCAUUCUACUGUGACCAAUUUACACCCAUAUUCCCAGACAAGCCAAAAAUAUGGACGGAGAAUUGGCCUGGAUGGUUUAAAACAUUUGGGUCCCCAGAUCCUCAUAGACCAGCAGAGGAUGUUGCUUAUUCAGUUGCUCGCUUCUUUCAAAAAGGUGGUAGCGUACAUAAUUACUACAUGUAUCAUGGUGGGACAAAUUUUGGUCGCACUGCCGGUGGACCUUUUAUUACUACUAGUUACGACUAUGAAGCACCGAUUGACGAAUAUGGGUUACCUAGGCUACCAAAAUGGGGACACCUUAGGGAGCUCCACAGAGCUAUAAAAUUAUGUGAGCAUGUUAUGCUCAAUAGUGAGGCAGUGAAUAUAUCACUGGGUCCUUCUCUGGAGGCUGAUGUAUUCACAGACUCUUCUGGAGCAUGUGCUGCAUUUCUAGCUAAUGUGGAUGAUAAAAACGACAGGACAGUAGUAUUUCGCAAUUCCUCAUAUCAUUUGCCUGCAUGGUCUGUUAGCAUUCUGCCUGAUUGCAAGAAUGUGGUUUUUAACACAGCAAAGGUUGGAACCCCAACUUCCAUUGUUGAAAUGGUAGCGGAGAAGUUGCAGCCAUCAGUAAGAACCCCAGAAAAAAACUCAGAAGCUCUUAAAUGGGAGGUAUUUGUCGAGAAAGCUGGGAUAUGGGAUAAGGAGGAUUUUGUCCAAACUGGCUUUGUGGAUCAUAUCAAUACUACAAAAGAUACUACCGACUACCUAUGGUAUACGACAAGUAUAUUUGUUGAAGAAAAUGAAGGUUUCUUAAUCAAGGAAAGCCAGCCAUUUCUUAUAGUCGAGUCAAAGGGUCAUGCUCUUCAUGCCUUCGUGAACCAAAAACUUCAAGGUACUGCAUAUGGCAAUGGCACGCAUUCACCUUUCAAAUUUAAAAAGCCUGUUUCUCUCAAGGCGGGGAAGAAUGAAAUUGCUCUGCUAAGCAUGACAGUUGGCCUGCAGAAUGCAGGAUCUUUCUAUGAAUGGGUAGGAGCAGGACCAACUCACGUUGAGAUUAGGGGAUUCAACAAAGGGACUGUAAACUUGUCCAACUCUACUUGGAUUUACAAGAUUGGUUUGCAAGGAGAGCAUUUAGGCAUUUACAGGGCAGAUGGUAUUAACAAAGUAAAUUGGGUUGCUACUUCAGAACCACCAAAACAACAACCUCUAACGUGGUACAAGACUGAAAUAACCCCUCCACCAGGGAAAGAACCUGUGGGGCUGGAUAUGAUUCAUAUGGGAAAAGGUCUAGCUUGGUUGAAUGGAGAAGAAAUUGGAAGAUAUUGGCCAAGGAAGAGUUCUAUAGAUGAUGGAUGUGUUAAAGAAUGCGAUUACAGAGGAAAAUUCAUGCCUAACAAAUGCUUUACAGGUUGUGGAGAACCAACUCAAAGAUGGUACCAUGUGCCCCGUUCUUGGUUCAAGUCAUCUGGAAACAUUCUGGUGAUCUUUGAGGAGAAAGGAGGAGAUCCAUCUAAAAUUACCUUCUCAAGGCGGAAAGUAACUGGCCUCUGUGCUCUUGUUGCAGAGGAUCAGCCUUCUGUUGGACCUGAAUCUUGGGAGAAAGAAGUAAGUGGAAGUAACAAAAAUGUUCCAUUUGUCCACUUGCAAUGUCCUGAGAAUACCCUUGUAUCAGCUGUAAAAUUUGCCAGCUUUGGAAACCCUUCAGGAAAUUGCGGAUCUUACACUAAGGGAGAUUGCCAUGAUCCUAAUUCCAUUUCAGUGAUUGAAAAGUUCUGCCGGAAUAAAAACAACUGUGCCAUCGAAUUGAGUGAAGAGAAUUUCAGCACUAGUUUGUGUCCUGGUGUUACCAAAAAACUUGCAGUAGAAGCAAUCUGCCGAUGAAAAUUUGAAGUCUUCCGUGGAAUUGAUACAUCACACAAGGGAGAAAAGAAAAAGGCAAAUGUUUGUGAAUUUUGAGAAAUUAUUUGUUAUGUUUUUGUUUUUUCCUGUCCUCUUUUAGGACCGGAAGAGUAUUAGUAAUUUUUACCGUUUCAUUUAUUAUUAAAAUAAAAUUGUAAUUUAUGAUUAGACAGGCUUAGCGAGGAACUAUAUAAAUACAUAUAUUUUAAUUAUUAAAAGAGAUUUAAUUGUUUAUGAAAAUUUAUAAGGGGAGAAAA